GAGUUCUAACCUACAAAAAAAACUUGGACGAAGCUCAUGUCUUCGGCUCUCCCGGGACAACUGACCCGGUGCGCGAAGGCUCUCUGGGUCACUCCACCCCCUGUGCACUCCCAGGAAUGGAUCCGCCCAGGGCCUGAACCAAGUGCCCGCUUAGCCCGGAGGGCGCCCGCACCCCAGGCGACAUGUGCAACCACCUGCUGCUCUGGACAAAGUUGAUAGGACCGUGCUCCCGGAAGACAGAAACCCCCUGAGGGUGCUCCACCUGCCGAAAGGGGCCGGCCCCGCUGCGCACCUGUUCGCUGCCGGUCCCCACCCCUGUCUCCGACGCCGGUGGACCCGCCUAGGUGCGCCCUGCGGGGAGGUGCCAGGCCCAGCAAGGUCCCGGCUGGCAGAGGCGUGUCGGUGACGCUGCCUGCCUUCCCACUUUCGUCCCGGUGGGGGAGGUGUCGGGGACUUUCUGUGCUCCUAAAUUGGAUGACUCAAGUAUCAAUGAGCGCCCUCCCCGACACCUGAAAGUGAUUGCUCUGGCCCCGCAGGCGACGCUCGUGGGGACGGAACUUUUGAAAAAGUUGCAGUCGUUCUUCGGCAGUUUCCUUACUUACUUGUGGUUCCCUCUCCACCUCCCCUUCGGUCAUCCCUUACUAUAGGUCAGGCUUCCGGAAGUUCUGACGCUUAAAGGCGCUGUGCCAAGACUGGAGGCCGGGAGACUUGUUUCGGUUCAAAGGUUCCCAGACCAUCACCUGCACCCCGGGAGCGGCCAGCGGCUCUCGGCCUUCUCGGCGUUACACUGCUGCUCCCUGCUGGCGUCUAGAGGACGCGCAUUCUAGGAGAUUGUGAACUGGCCGGUGGGUUGGGGAGAACUAUCAUUUUCUUUUCUGUCUUGUAAAACUCGGUCACUUCCUUCUGCUCAGGAAUAUCCCGUAGCCCCUCCUUACUCCCAAGAAAAUUUCAAAAUACUCAUACCGGCCUGAUUGUCCCUCCCCAACGUCACUUUGCAUUCUUAGCUUAGUUGGCUUCAGCCACACUGACCUGGCGUGUCCUGAAUAGGACACAUGACUGGUGUCGCUACCAGAAUCCCCUUCCUGCUGCGGACACCUCAUCCCAUUUUCCUCAGGGCCGCAUUCAAACGCAAACCCUUCUCAUAAAAUUUCACCCUGCUCAUGAGCCGUCAUGAUUUAAAAAUAGAGGAAAUCAUCAUGGCCAUCAUUGCUAGCGUUUGUAAUUCUAAACCAGUAACACGCAUUACCUUGUGUUUUGUACACCCUCGCUAUUGUCAAUAUUAUCGAUACCUAGGAACUUGGUCUCCAUCAUCUUCAACGUAGGAAAGAGAAUCUGUAUUAGAUUAGAACCCGUCCUAAUCACCCCAUUUUCACUCGACAUUUUUACAUAACCCAUCUCUACACAAAGAUAAGAUGCGUGCUUCCCCCCAGGGCAGGCUUAUCCCCAACUUCUCUCUCCCACGUUUUCCUCCUCGAAUCCUUUACUGUCAUCUGCUAUUUUACUAGCUCUGGUUUCUCCACCUGUCCUUUACCUGUCCUAAAGACAACGUUGCUUAGUAAAUAUUCCACCUCUGUAUUUCCCGGCCCUCCUGUAGUUAUGGGGGGGGGCUGCAUUAGGUCAGUUAUAGUUAGUAGCAUCUAUACAAACGUAGAGAGAGAGGGUUCCCCUCCCAGUCCAGAGCCUUUAAUCGACAGUAUGCCUUACCCUGCCCCAGGAAGCAGUGUGGUUUCGGAUGACAUCUGUGGGGACCUUGAAGAGGAGCCCUCUCCACUAACCAAUGCUGGGUGUGAAUGUGAAAAAAGAAGGAGGUUAUGGAACUAAGAUUUCCGAAUGAUGGAAUCUAGACUAUCACGAUUAGUACAUCCCUUUGACACCAAGGAGAUGAUUUAAUGAUGAUUUAAGAAUCUGUCCUAUGGCCGGGCAGUGGUGGCACAUGGCUUUUAUCCCAGCACUCAGGAGACAGAGGCAGGCAGCAGAUCUCAGUGAGUUUGAGACUUGCUCGAUCUGCAAAGCAAGUUCCAGGACAGCCAGGACUGUUACACAGAGAAUCCCAGUCUUGAAACCCCUACCCCUCCCCCCAAAAAAAUCUAUCUCUAGGAGAGGUGGUCCUUGUCAUGGCUUCCCACUGGACUUCAGUAUCUGUGUGUCCCCCUUUUGAUGGACAGGAAGCCCUUGUCCCAUUCCCAUGUCAGGCACUUUUUGUCUCUGAGACAAAGGCCUGUGAGAAAUAGGGGUUUUGUUUGUUUUGUUUUGUAAAAUCUUUUUGAUUCAUGUUUUCAAAGGUUUUGGGGCGUGUUUGGAUGGCCACAUCAUUUGGGGUUUGCAUUUGAAGGCUGGUGAGGCCGAGAACUAAGCAUGCUGCUUGCUUCACAGAGGCUAGGAAGCAGUCAGGCAGACAGGAAGGGCCAGGGACAAGAGAGACCCAAGGACUUCCCUACUUCUGCCAACUGAGUUCUGCUUCCCAAUGAUGGACCAGCCUGACUCCAUCUUAAGAUUAAAAGCCAUACCUGUUUUCUGUAAAACUUGAAUUUGACCAGUUUGACGUGUCCCACACCUAUAUCCUGACCCCCACCCUGAUAUGAUGUUCUGCUAAAUAAUAUUGAGAUGUUCCUCCAUGUUCCUACAUAACCAAGAAUCCUUGAAAACCCCUGGCCUUGAAGUUUGAGGCUAAUAUAAACCCAGCCUUCUCCCAUGUUUGAUGCUAAACCCCACCUCUAGACACAGAGCCCUGAUAUAAAAUAAAGCUUGUGUAAUAUGACCCAAGAAUUUGGGUAAUGGUCUUUACUAUCAUUCGGUGGGAUAAACACUAAGGUUUUCCAAUACCAUCAACAUUAGUACCACCAUCUGGGACUCAAACGUGUGGCCUAUAGUGUAUGUUUGGAUUCAAAGCACACAGUGUCUUCAUGUACUGGAUGUGUGAGGGUGGAUAAUUUGCCUUUUGAGUUCAUCCUAUCUACUUCUUGGGGAUAUGUAAAUUAUUGUUGGAGGAAGCCGCUUGUUGGUUCCCAGCUACUCAGCCCCGAAAUAAUCACACAGAAAUCAUAUUAUUUAAAUCACUGCUUGGACCACUAGCUCUAGCUUCUUAUUUGCUAACUCUUACAUCUUAAUUUAACCCAUCUACAUUAAUCUGUGCAUUUACUGGUUGUGGCCUACCAGUAAAGUUUCAGUACAUCUGUCUCCGGGUGCUGCUCCAUGGCUUCUCCCUAACUCCACCUCCUUUCUCCCAGCAUUCAGUUUAGUUUUCCCCACCUUGCUCUGUUCCCCUAUAGGCCCAAAGCAGUUCCUUUAUUAACCAAUGAUAUUCACAGCAUACAAAGGGGAAUCUCACAUCAAGUUAUAUCUUACUCACACAUAGUUCAGUUUUUGUUUUAUGUUCAUGUGUCUGCCUACAUGCAUGUCUGUACACCACAUGUGUGCCUGGUGCCCACAGAAGCCAGAAGAGGGCAGCAGGUCUUCUGGGAUUGGAAUUGCAGACAGUUGUGAGCUGCCGUAUGUGUGAUAGGAACCAAUCCCGGGUCCUCUGGAAGAGCAACCGGUGCUCCUAACUGCUGAGACCUCUCUCCAGCCUUAUAUGUUCUUAUAUAUUUGCUCUUAUAUGUCUUAUAUGUUCAAUGUGUAUUUCUGAAAACUCGCUGGACCCCAGUACACAGGGCUUAGCACCCAAGUUCUAUGGGUGACAUCACAGUACCCAAGAAGGUUCUUAAGUUCUUUCUGUAGUCUUCAGCCAUGCUGGCCACUCUGUGGCUAGCUAGUCUUUCUCUUCCUGUGCUGUGGGCCCAGAAACUAAUCAACUGUCCCCAUAAGAAUGUGUGCCAGUACGCCUUACUCUCGGGCAAUGACGUGGUCCUGCAGUGUAACCACCCCAAACCACUAUGGUAUUUUUCUUCAUCUCUGGAGGACAAGCUGUCCCUGCUCAACUCCAUGCCCAACGUGAAGAUACUGUUUGGGAGCAACCUGCAGUUACCCAACCCUCAGCCGUCCCAGACGGGGCUUUACAGCUGUCUGGAUAAUUACAAGGCCCGUGUGGUGGAAUAUGAGAUUGACUUUCAGGAUAUAAGCCUGCUACGUGUCACACACAAAGACCUGGGCCAAAGACCCUUGGAAAAUGAGACCAUGAACCUAGAAGGCGAGGUACUCGUUUUUACCCGCUGGGAUCCUUGGCAAGACUGUAACCGCUGCGAAAAACCUGGUGAGCGCAAACGUCUGGGUUACUGCUACAUGGAGGAGCCGCUAGGAAAAUCCAUGCCCUGCUGGCUCUACCUGAGAAAGGAGAAGGUGACCCACGUCCGCCUGCGGCCUGAACUCCAAGUACAAGCCUGCCAGGUGCCCUGUGACCCCAUCCCAGAAAUCAGCCAGCCAUACUUCGUCUUUGACACUCAUCAGCUGGACAAAACCGCCAACCACGGGUGGCUCAGCUGUCCCUUGGCCUCCAUCUACAGGCCUGUUCACUGGGAAGUCAACGAGACUUCCCUGACCUGGCAGGACCAGCUUUCUGGCAAGGUCACGGGCAGCUUAAUGGACCCGGUCAGCGGUGGCCAGCAGCUGCAGAUCUUCCAGCCGGCAAUUUACAGAUGUUUCGUGGAACAGGAACUGAUAGCCCAGUUCAGCCCCGCAGCUUCUGUGGAACUGCUGGAGGCUGAGAGACAAACCAAAGGCCAGGGGCGUUGGCAGCACAGGGCCCAGCUAGGCAAAGCGGACUCCGUCCUCAGGGGCCUGAAGUUGAUGCUGCUGAUGGUCUCCUUCCUGGUUGUGGGGGGGCUUCUCUGUAAGGUGGUCUUUCGUCCCACCCGGGGCAAGAAGAGGAAUCUUGUCCUCCUGGUGAAAUAA